AAGUUUCUGCACUAUAAAUAUUUCCCAUUCGCAAGGAAGGGAUCAUUGUGUGCCAACAGUAAAAGGGUAUUAAAUAGGGUAAGUACAACAACAGCCGAGGCCCUUGUAAUAUUUCUACUGCGCAACAAGCGAGCAGAGACCGAGGUAUCGCCAUCAUGUCAGUGACAAUAAAAGCCUAUCUACUGGGCAAAGACGACGUCCAUAAAGAGAUCCGUCGCUUUGCUGUUGAUAAAGAGGAUUCUACCAGUUUUAAUUAUCUGAGUAAGAAGGUCGUAGACGUCUUCUCCAAUCUCCGCAACAUCGGCUUCCAGAUGUACUAUCGAGAUGAAGACGGCGACAUGAUCGCCUUCUCCUCAGACGAUGAGCUGAGAAUGGCGCUCACCGUCCUGCAGGACAACACCUUCCGCCUGUUCAUUAAAGAGAAGAAGGAGCACAGGCGUGACUUCCCGCUCCACGCCUUCCCCGGUGGAAUCCCACCCUUCACCUUUCCCCCUCCUCCCGGCCCAGGCAUGCCUCAUGCCCCGCCCCCUCCUCACCCUGGCCCGCCCCCCGUGCAUCCCAACGUCACAUGCGACGGCUGCGAGGGCCCUGUGGCCGGCACACGCUUCAAGUGCACGGUGUGUCCUGACUACGACCUGUGCUCCACCUGCCAGGCCAAGGGGCUGCACCGCGAACACCCCCUCCUGCCCAUCUGGCACCCCCUUGCCAACCUGAUGGAGUGGUUUCCUAGGGGCAAGUGGAUGAGGAAGAUGAGACAUUGCAUGUGGAACGGAGCUCAGCCCCCGACCAAGCCGGGGCCCACUGGGUUCACCUGUGGGACCCAGUCCACCGCCGCCCCUGGUACUUCGACCAGCCCGCCAUCCUCCGACACCUCCAGCUCAUCUGGAUAUUCUCAAGCCAACGCUGAAUUCCUGAAGAACAUUGGCGAGGGAGUGGCGGCCAUGUUGAGCCCACUAGGCAUCGACGUGGACAUCGACGUGGAGCACGACGGCCUCAGGACCAAGGUGACCUCCCCAGAAACCCCAGCCCAGUCGGGGGCCCCUGCACCUCCCAUGGCCCAAGCUGAUGGAGCCACAAUGGGUCCAGAGGGAGCAGGGUCCGGGAGUGCUGAGGUGGAUAUCGACAAGCCAAACAGUCUCGGAGGCAUUCACUCUGACAAAGGCACCAAGGAGUCCGAAGAGGAAGAGUGGACCCACUUGACUCCAAAGGAAGUGGAUCCAUCCACUGGUGAGCUGCAGUCCCUGAUAGGCACCCCCUCUGAGGGCCAGGAGGGCCCAACAGGGCUGCGUGAGGCUGCCCUCUACCCACACCUCCCAGAAGAGGCAGACCCCAGACUGGUGGAGUCCCUGUCCCAGAUGCUAUCCAUGGGCUUCAGCGACGAGGGAGGCUGGCUGACCCGCCUCCUGCAGACCAAGGCCUGUGACAUCGGAGCCGCGCUGGACACCAUCCACUACUCCAAGCCCCCCAAGAAGUAGUCAUGGCAACCACCUUCAAGAAUUUAGCAAGAGCAUCCCUUUAACAGUUUAUUUUCUUUCUGUGUCGACUACUCCAGGCUGAUGUCCAUUUGGCCGAGAAAUUUUUCAUAUUGGACAUGUUUAUAAAAUGAGCUCACUGUUCAUCAAAAUGUGAUGGACUAAUAUGGUUUUCAAAUAUUUGGUGUUGAUUAAUUCGAAAUGAAUGACAUUUAUUGAUAAUAUUAAGACACUUAGUCGUUAAUAAAAAGGUUAAAUUAGGACUAGGAUAUGAACUCCUUGAUUAAUAUUCACCUGUGAAUUAAAAGUUGAAUAGACAUUUACUACGUACGCUAUUGGAAUAAGUGCACUUCUGUUUGAAAGAUAUCUAUUCUCAUGCUAUACUUUGUUAACCAGUAUAUAAACCAUAAAACUCUUGCAAAUGAA